AUGCAAUUUUAUUUUGCUGCAUUGCAGCAGAGUGAUUUGCAAGCAACUCUGUCGAUGAUGGAAGCCGCCGCAUGCAAAAGUGCAAUGAUUGGUCCAUCACCGAAGUCGAAGACUUACAUGGAUCCUCGCGCACAUAGUGCAUCUGUUGCUGCGAUGGCUCACCAAAUGGCGCUGCGAAGGAAACAAAAAAUGGAACAAAGAAAGACGGAGCCCAGUGCUGAAGAAACAAAAAGCGAAACAGAUUCGGAAACAGUAUGGGUUGAAGCGAAAACAGAGACUGGAGUGCCAUACUAUUUCCAUAUGUACAGCGGAACAACAGUUUGGGAUCGGCCUGAGAAUUACUAUACUGCUGAACAGUACGCAAUGAAAUUGGCUGUUUUGGGCACUACCACAGACGCACUGACACAAAGUAAUAUUACCGUGCCGAUUAAAACUGAAGCAGGUACGUUAGAACUGAAGUAUGCUUCCUUUUUGUUAAAAGCCAAAUUUAUUGUGCAGAAAAGCGAAACAGUACUUUGGGCGUGCCGACGCCAAACGCAUCGAAAAAGAAGACAACGGUAA